CGUAUUCGCUAUAUUCUCUCAUACCAGAGACACCAGAGGUUGAUUGUCAAGGAAGCUAUUUUGAGAAUUAAAUUGAGUUCCAAAAAUUCUUUUGUGUUUUUUCUUCGUUUUUUCGUUAAUUUAGUUCGAUUGAAGUUUUCAGAUUGAAAAACACAUUUCAAAAUAAACGAUGAUUACACAGUGGUGUGAUGUGUGAAAAAAAGAAGAAGAAAAUUUCAAAGAACCAUUGCCGCCUGAUUAGACUGAGUGAAUUGUGUUAAGUUGUUUUUCCAAAGGAAAACUGAAAUGAAUCCUAGUGCAAACCGAUUCUGAUUACAAACUCUUAUUAAUUCGAAGAAAACAAAAUUUUAUGUUUGAAAAUAUUUAUAUGUGUGUGUAAUGUAAAUCCAUUUUUGACAGUAUACACUACAGUUGAGAUUAGAAUGAUAUAAAGACUAUCUGCAUUAUUUGGGUAUUAAUAAUGAAGAAAAUUGCCGAGCAAAAACUUCAGGCGUUUGCCAUUGGUGCAAUGGGACAGCGACCAUUGUCACGUCGAGAACAGGAGGAGCGCCGAAAACGAGAAGAGGAACAAGCUGCUGCAUCUGUGUUUAAAGAGUUUGUGGAAACAUUUGAAGAAGCCCCAUCAUCGGUGGCAAAAGUAUGGGUUAAAGCCGGAACAUAUGAUGCUGGUUCACGAAAGGAGGAUAAUAAGGAAAAGGGAAAAUUGUACAAACCUCAAGCACAAGCCAAACAUGACGAGAAACCCAUCGAAAAGUCGAACGAACAGCCAAAAUUGCAGCCAACACCGGCAUCAUCAGCUGCAGCAGCAGCAAAGAAAGAAGCUGCCGCUAAGAAAAACAAAGCUCAAGAGAAAAAGAAGAGUAAUUUGGAAUUGUUCAAAGAGGAAUUGAGACAAAUGCAAGAGGAACGUGAAGAGCGUACAAAAUAUAAAACAAUAGCAAAAAGUAUGAUACAAGCCGAUACAACGUUAGCAGCAUUUACACGGGAACCCGAUGCACCACCGACCACAUACGGUUCCAUGGAUAACGGUGAUCCGAAUACAACAAAUAUAUACUUGGGAAAUUUAAGUCCAAAAAUAACUGAACAACAAUUGAUGGAGAUUUUUGGCCGUUAUGGGCCAUUAGCAAGUAUCAAAAUUAUGUGGCCACGGUCCGAAGAAGAGAAACAACGUGGUCGAAAUUGUGGUUUUGUUGCUUAUAUGAGCCGUUUGGAUGCGGAACGUGCGCUCCGUUGUCUAAAUGGACGUGAUGUUAUGGGCUACGAAAUGAAACUGGGAUGGGGAAAAUCGGUAUCAAUAAUGACCUAUCCAAUUUAUAUACCGCCCACGUUAAUGCAACACUAUAUGCCACCGCCACCAUCAGGAUUGCCUUUCAAUGCUCAACCACAACCAAAUGAAGCCGAAAAUUUUCCACCGCCAGAUUAUUUUCACGAUUACAACAAAGAUCCAGACAUAAAACGUGAUAUGGAAGAGCUCGCCUAUAAAAGUAUUGUUAAAGUUAUGAUUCCAACAGAACGACCGCUGUUAGCGCUUAUUCAUCGUAUGAUCGAAUUCGUUAUACGCGAAGGACCAAUGUUCGAGGCAAUGAUUAUGAGCAAAGAAAUCGACAAUCCAACAUUUCGGUUUUUGUUUGAGAAUGAAAGUCCGGCGCACAUCUAUUAUCGAUGGAAGUUGUUUUCAUUGCUGCAAGGUGACACGCCAACCGAAUGGCGACAGAAGGAAUUUCGAAUGUUCCAGACCGGUUCAAUAUGGAAACCGCCACCAUUAAAUUUCUAUACACAAGGAAUGCCGGAAGAACUAAUUGUUGAUGACGAAGCACCUGAAAUUCGCAAAGGAACUCUUUCAACAGCGCAACGUGAUCGAUUAGAAGACUUGAUUCGUCAUUUAACACCGGAACGUUCAAAAAUUGGCGAUUGUAUGGUAUUUUGCAUUGAACAUGCUGAUGCCGCCGAUGAAAUUUGCGAAUGCAUCGAAGAAUCAAUGUCAAACACACAAACAUUGAUCAGCAAGAAAAUUGCACGGCUUUAUUUAGUUUCGGAUAUUUUACAUAAUUGCACCGUUAAAGUUUCCAAUGCCAGUUUUUAUCGAACGUCAAUGGAAAAAUACUUGGAAGAAAUAUUUAAACAUUUAAAUGCAACGUACAAAAGCUUAGAAAGUCGAUUAAAGGCUGAAGGAUUCAAGGCGCGUGUAGUACAAGUGUUAAAAGCAUGGGAUGAAUGGCUUGUCUACGACCGCGAUUUUAUUAAUAAAUUAAAGACCAUAUAUUUGGGCAUUCAACAUACGAGUGAAAAGAGGGAACCAGAGCCAGAACCAUUGAUAGGAUCAGGCGAUGAAAAGGAAGAUGAAGACUUGGAUGGUGUUCCGUUGGAUGGUGCGGCUUUACUUAAAAGUGCUUUUAUGCGUGGCAUUCCUGGUGCAGCAACGAGCGUUACUGAUUCACCGUCACAUGAACGAGUGACGCUAAUUCAAGAGAAUGUAGACUCAGAAUAUGAAGAUGACAUUGACGGAAUUCCAUUGGAAGAUCCUGAUAUCGAUGGCAUUCCUAUAGGAAAUAAAGACCAAAGUCCAGUAGCAGCCGGUUUUAUACCAUCAAAAUGGGAAACAGUUGAUCCCGAAAAGAUUGAAGCCCAAGCCAUAACCACAUCAAAAUGGGAAACAUUGGAAACUCAACCGACAACAAAUUUAUCGGAAGAUAGUUUUGAUAGUUUUGAAUAUAGCGAAGGUACUCGUGACUAUGACGAAGAGAAACGUUUGCGAUUGCGUGAAGUUGAAUUGAAAACCGUACAAUACCAAGAUGAAUUGGAAUCGGGAAAUCGAAGUUUAAAAUCCGGAUGGAGUGUGCAGCAACAAUGUGAACAUUAUAGAAGAAAAUUGAUGAAACGUUCAUUGCGUGAAUUACAAACAGAUUCACCACAUUCGGGACGAACGUCGUCGCUUAAACGUAGUCCAAGCCCUACAGAUUCGUUAAAAAAAUCGAAAAAAUCAAAACGUUCCCCGUCGCCACAGUACAAUCGAAACACAUCGUCGCGUCGCCGAUCUAGGUCGCCCGGCUAUAGCAAAAGAAUACGAGAUUCGAUAUCACCUUCUACCAGAUAUCGAAAGCAUCGUCGAUCAAGGUCAAGGAGCUCAUCACAUUCUCCUAAACGAUACAAUGAUCGCUCUCUUUCACCUUCGUCACGAUCCUCAAAAUAUGAAAGUAAUCGUCGAUAUCACAGGUCACCAUCGCCGGUAUCAACAAAAAGUUACGAAAAAAGCAGUAGCCGACACAUGCCAUUAUCACCAAACCGAUACACUACCUCUAAGCGACGUAAACAUCACCAUUAAAGACUAAAAUAAUUUUGUAGGUUUUUUUUAAAUUUCUCAUCGUAACAUCGGAAUCAUAGCGAAAAUUAAAAAAAAAAAAAA